AUGCACAAUAUUGGAAAAAAGAACAAAGAAGAUAUGCAACUCCCUGAAAACUGGAAUAAAAAUUGCAUUCUAAAAAAUACUACUGAAACAAGCGCUUCAUUACUUAAGCGAUACCAUUUUUACUGGAAGAACUGUGAAACUCAAGAAAAACUUAAUUACAAUGAAUUAAAAACUAAAUGUGAAAAAAAGGAAUCAUUUAUAGACCUCCGAUUUGAAAAGCUUUAUAAAAAACUAAUAACAAAUGGUAUUUAUAUUAAGAAGCCUUCCAUAAGAGAUAUAAUUAUUCUUUUAAUAUCAUUUAUUUAUAAAUUACUCUAA